CUUGGGGAUGGGGCCAGAGCCCUGGGUGAAACUGAGGAGAUGGAGCAGAUGGGAAAGCCGUGUCCUGGCUUCACCAGAACUCGGAUUCCCAGGCCCCAGAUGGUGUGGCGGCCCGUUGAAUAUCGCAGUCACUUGCCCGGCUCCAGAACAUUCAGCUCUCAACAUUUCCCAUGCAAGAUGAAUCAGUUUCCACCAAAGAGUCCCCUGCCGCCUCUGUCUUCGGAACCGUACCCUGCAGAUAGCUUAUCGAUGGAGGACUUUUGGACAGAAGUGGAGAACAUCAAACAGAGCAAUGAGUCAGAACAGGAGGAGGGCAGCAUUAUGGAAGCAAAACUCCCCGAGGAAGGGGAGGCGGAGGCGGAGUGGCUGCAGGACGCGGGACUGUCCAAUCUCCUCGGUGAUCCCACGUCGGACAGUGAUAACAUCGUGCUCCUGUCCACCCUGACCAAGACCCAGGCCGCCGCCGUGCAACGUCGACUGGACACCUACACGCGGUCGAUCCGCAAGAAGAACAAGCAGCCAGUGCGGGACGUCCGAGACAUAUUUGGAUCUGUGGAUUCUGAGGAGACAUUGCCAGAGAGAGAAGAUUUGGAUGUGAAGCUGAUACGGGAGAAACCAAGGUCUUCAAACACCCCAAAGUUGGCGGGACCAACAGGACUCCAGGAUUUUCCCUGCAGUCUUUGGGGCUCUGGCCGUGAGGAAACAUUCAACACCGACUCUGCCUAUUCAGAACAAGCGGCUGUACUGCAGAGAGCAUCUCUCCCACGGGAAGUCAUCCGGAUCAAGGAUGAAAGCUCAUUGCCUAAGUUUAGGAUUCCCAAGGGCAGAUUGGGCGUCACACGAAUUGGAGACCUGUCUCCUCAAGAUAUGAAGAAGAUCCCCACCUUGGCUCUGAUUGAGCUCACCGCUCUCUGCGAUAUCUUGGGAUUGGACCUGAAGAGAAACAAAGCAGGAAAACGGAAAGCCACAGAAAAACGGCUCUUUGGAGUUCCACUAAGCACUUUAUUGGAAACCGAUCAAAAAGUCAUUCCCAACACUCAGGUCCCAUUGAUUCUUCAAGCACUGUUGUCAUGCUUGGAAAAGAGAGGGCUGGAUACCGAAGGCAUUUUGAGAGUCUGUGGGUCCCAAACCCGGAUUAAGAGCCUGGAGCAAAAGCUGGAAAAUGAUUUCUACGCCGGCCUCUUCAGCUGGGACGACGUCCACCAGAAUGACGUGUCGGGUUUACUCAAGAGGUUCAUUCGGGAGCUCCCCACCCCGCUGCUCACAGCCGAAUACCUGCCUGCCUUUGCCGCCGUGCAGAAUAUCCCUGACCUGAAGCAGAGGCUGCAGGCCCUCAAUUUGCUCAUCUUGAUCCUUCCAGAACCAAACAGGAACACCCUGAAGGCCCUGUUGGAGUUUCUCAGCAAAGUGGUUGCCCGGGAGAAGAAGAACAAGAUGAACUUAUGGAACGUCUCCACGGUGAUCGCGCCCAACCUCUUCAUGCACAAGGGGCUGCCCAACAAGAUCCCGGAGGGGAAGGAGAAACAGUUGGCUGAGGGGGCGGCCGAUUUGGUUCGGAUGAUGAUCCAUUACCAGGAUCUGCUGUGGACAGUAUCCUCGUUCCUGGUAUCUCAAGUGAGAAAACUGAACGAGAGCAGCAGCCGGAGGUACCAAUUUUACGAUAAACGGAUCAAGAACUUGUUGAGAAAGAUCCACACUGACAAGGACAAGGCUGGGAAAGCCCCUGGAGAACCAUCCAAGGUGGUGAAAAUUCAGGCUACUUUGCUUCUGAAAGACUCUUUGGAGGUGCAGUUGAAUAAUGGGACCAAAGCAGCUGAUGUCCUCAAGCAGUUCCAGAAGCAUCUCUGUUCCAGUAACUGGAAUAUUGUGAAUACCGUCAAUCUCAUCAAAUGCAAUGGAUCCAUUGAGGCUUCUAACCUGCUCCUGUACGAAGUUGGCGGCAAUAUAAGUGAACAUUGCCUGGAUCCAGACACCUACCUCUUAGACUUGUACCAUAUCAAUCCUCAUGGGGAGUGGAUCAUUAAGCAGAGCCCAGCCUUACCACAGAUACUUUAGAGGAUAUUCCUCUGGUCACAAAGCCUUCGGUUCAAGUUUCUGAGAGGUCACGUGGCCUGAACGCAUGAGGUCCACAUGUGACACCCUGCAAUGGACAGAAGCAACUCUGAUUUCAUGAAGGAAACGAGCUUUGUCUAUUUCUGCCUCGGGGGCUGUGAAGAUAGCGGGCAUCCCCAGUCCCCCAGAGAGCCGGUAAAAAGGCCAUCCACCUCAGCGACAGCUCUCUGAUCCUAUUCCGAAUUGACCCGCUGUCAGAGAAAAGCCUGCUCUUAGAGGAGGACGUCGGCAAGAUCCAGUCAGUCUCUCAAAACUCGCUUUGGACAUUCCAUGCUGAGGCGGGAAGGAACUGCUGGGACAACUUUCUCCGACCUGGCCCAAACUAGCCUGUUCGGCCAGCGACAUUUAAUGAGCAUCUUGGGCUGCAGGUGGGCUAUCAGAUAUCGCUCUCUUCCUGCGGCUUCUAAGCCGCUGGAAUGCUUAAAGGGCCAAUGAGACAAAUGCAAUUUUGUCUAACAAAGAACAAAACAAAAAUCCAACCUUCCUGAAGGACCCACCCACCUCAUUGCCCCCCAAAGUAGGGUGACUGGAUGUGUUACCUACCCCAUGUGAUUGGCUGCCCUUCUUGAGCUGCAGGAGCUGAUGAAGCCAAUGUGCCAACAGGGUCUGUCUUGUGCCCUUUCCUUACAGUGCCAUCCGGGGAAAGACGAAAUUGAGCAGUUUGAGUCAAAGGACUGCACAUAAAAAGGGAAGACUGUUCAGUUGGGCAGCCUUCAACUCGAAAUUAAAGAAUAUCUGAGAGGGAUAUCUCUAGAAUGGUAUUUUUUUAAGAAAAAAAUAAAAACCUUAUCCUGUUGGAAACUGUAAAGAUCAAGAUGGAAGCCAUUCUAGGGAAAGAGUGUGGAGAAACUGCUGCCUUCCCUCUCUGAGAUGAGCAUGUGCAGGAAUGAGAAGAAUUCUCUUCCCAAGACUUCAUCCAGGGAAACCACUUCAGUGGCUGUUGGUCCCUAAUUGCUCCUGAGGCCUGACUUUCAGAAUCAACUUUCAACUCCUCCGUAAAAGACCGUCACAGAUCACUUUUGGCAAUCUCUCAUCAAGUCCAUGACCGAGUAUUACUUCUUACAGAGAAAUAGAACGCUGACUGUAACUUCUGCUCCACGUCUUCUUUCAAAGUUGCUAUUCGGUGUUCUGACCCAGAUACUGUCAGGCCUUGGAAAUGACCAAUGCAAGUCAGAAGCAUUUGAGCCAUGUUCCUUUUUGUCACAACUCUCUGUGUGUGUGUGUGUGUGUGUGUGUGUGUGUGUGUGUGUGUGUAGUGCGUGUUCCUAGGAGAGAUAGUGAUAUUUUUAGUGAUUAGCCUAGAAUGUCUGCUCAUUUAUAGUGUCUUAUGUGAAAAAAUGUGCGAGAGUUUUUGUUAGAAAGUGCAUAGUCUCCACACUUUUCUAAUCCUGUUGAAAAAGCCAAGAGAGCCAACUGGAUGUCCCCUAAAUGGGAUAAAAAAAACUCUGGACCUUCACCCUGAGAGAAAGUGAACACUGGGCAUGACUAUAAGUUCAUGAUGGAAUUUUGUUGUAUUUUAAGUGGCUUGCCUUACUCUCGAAACAGAUUCAUCUGGAGAACAUACUUUGUAUCCUGAGAUGUGUUUGGAGCAGAUUAGCCACUUCAGCUGAAUCAUAACGUUCUCUGGUAUUAAUAAUUAAAAGAUUUUUACUUCAAUCCAUUAUUUUUCCCCCUCCUCAUUUUAGAGUAGAAUAACAAAGCAUAACUGGAACUGCUGGAUGGCGCAUUCCUUUCACGUAAGCAACUGCCUCCUCCUCCUCCCCUCCACCCAAGCAGUUAAAAAGGGAGUUGCCAGAUGAUUAAGGAACAAAAGAAAGGAUCUCCAGAAUCGCUGGGAUCCAGGAGCAUCUGCCUGCCUGGGAAGGAGGAGGAAGAGGCAAUGAAUGUCUCACCAUGAAGCCUGUAGGCCAGACUGGAAAUUGUUAACCACCGAGCUCUGCUGCUCUAAAUGUCCUCAGUCUCAGGCUUUGAAAAACAGAUUUCAUGGAACAAGGAAUAAGGGGAGGGAUGGUUUGGGAAGCUGUUACUAUAAGGAUGCGGCUUUGGAUUGUGAUGCAAUACUGCCUCUGCAGCACUAGUCAUGAUCAAGGAUUUCCAUGUUUCAGCGCCACAGAUUAGACUUCUCAUCAGCAUUUGGUGUGGAAUACUGUUUUGGAAUAGCUGAAAAGGACAGUGGGAUCAGAAGGCCUAUAGUGGCCCUAGGUCAUUAGGAGACUAAAUUUCCUGGGGCAGGUAACUUUGAUUGUCAUCCACUGCGAAGCUGCUGCUGUGAAAUGGGAAUGGAGAGUCAGUGCUCUCUUUCAGAGGUGUGUGCAGUCUAAGAAACCACUAUUGUGCAAGUCAUAGGGAAAGGGUGUAUAGAGUUCAGAUUUAUCCCUUGAGUUGAUGUUGGCAAUUUGUGUCCUAUUUUUUGCAGGAGAGGAGAGUAUGGUGAAGUUGAAACACCAUCACUACAAGGUUUUGAAUAUUGGUUUUUAUUAUCUUUUUAAAAAUUUUUUUAAUGCUGUAUUUAAAAUCAGUUUAAUCAAUAAAGCUACGAGAUAAACAUGCCCCCCAA